GGGAGGGAGGGAGAGGGCUCCAGCUCGCGCUUACAUACACACAACUACUGUGUAACAGCCACGUAAUAAUCAUCCACGGGGGUUUACGGGAAUAAAAAAUUAUUAUAAUCGACGGAGUUUUUAAACAUCAGGAUGGCAUUUCCUGUAGAUAUUCUGACAAAUGUGGAUCAUGAGACCUUAGAGCUAACAGCUGAGGAAUACAUGUCUCAGCUCCCCUACAGAAAUACAGAGUACUUCAGCCUCUCUGAUUCCAAACAGAUAGAAGUUGGACUCUGCAAUGUGAGUUUUGUCCCUCUAUUUGGAACAGAUACUGAAAAAAAGCUCCUUGCGUUGUUCUCACCUGAUGACUCGAACACAAUUGUAGGUCUAUAUUUGCUGGAUCGGUGGUGGGGGGUUGAAGAUGUUCUUAAAACAGCAGACCUCUCAAGAACAGGCCUGAUCAAGGUCAGCACACUUGGGGAAAGGAUAGUCCUAUAUGUUCUCAACAGAAUUGUGUUGAGAAAUGAGAAGAGCGGUGAAGAUGUUUUCUUUCUCUGUCAUUGUGAGCGUGAAGCUGCAAAAAUACUAUGGAAGGAUGGAGAGGCCAUUGGCUUUUACUCAUUCAAACCCAAAGGUAGCUUAUGCAGAAACUUCGUGACCCAAUGCUAUCAACUUCCUGUAAUGGACACAAUAUUUGUCAGGAAGUGUCACCGGGGCCAGGGUCAUGCCAUAAAGAUACUGGAAGAUUUUGUUGGUAGCUUCAGAAAUGAGUACAUAGGGUUAAAAUUUCCUCUUUCAGAAGCUAUUUAUAAAGUUUGUGAAAAGUACUUCAGUAGAUAUCCAGCAGACAAGGAGCUUCUGUGGGAAGUAGAGAAAAUAGGAAGCCCUUUCCAGAGAACUCUAAUAGCCAACAGGCUACAGAAGUUGAAGCUAAAGGAGAAGGACCAGGUUGUGAGCAAACUGAAUUUUGACGAAGGUGAUGCCACUGCUCCGAUGGAAAUUGAGAUCACAAAGAUUCAGGAAACCACUGAAUAUACAGUGGAGAUUGUGGAGGAGACCAUCAUAGACAUCACCAAUGAAGUAGAUGACAUACCUGUCACAAGGCGUGGCAGAGGUAGCAACCUGAAACGAAGAGCUAUCAGAGAAAAUUCAGAGGAGAGGCUUUCAGAGAACAUGAUCAGGGUGGAAGACAUUGAGGCAGGAGUUGAAAGUUCAGUCAAGGUGGCAGCCGUGGAAAAUCUUAACACUUUUUCUGUAAAAGAAUCAGAAACAGUACUCAGGAGCUCAGUAGACACUGUAACUGCAACUGUGACCAACUUUGCAGAGUUUAGAGGAUCACAAAAAGAGGAGACAAGUGAAAUUGAAAACGACAUUGUCACAGCUACAUCAGAGGGGAGUCCAGUCACCCACCUCGCUACAGCUGAGGAAAUAAAGAACCAAAGAGGUAGUAAAGAGGAAUGUGAAAUGGUUAUUAAGGAGUACACUAUAGAUAUACAAGGAGCCACUAUAGGGUCUAUUGACCAAAGCCAACUUCAGUCUGUGGUGGACGUAGAAAUUGUUAAGAUGAGUACAGGAACUGAAGAGGAAAAAAAUGAAAAUUUAGGAAAGAACAAAGAGGUUGAGGAAGAUGAACCUGUGUGUGAGGCAGAGAUGGAGGAAAUAAAACAAAUGCCAGAUGAACCGAAAGAGGAAAAAACUGCGAGUGAGGUGGCCGAGCAAUCAGAGACUUGUGCUAAAUCAACAGAAAAAGUACAAACACACUGGGAUAUGGAAAUAACAGAGAAUAAAGAAAGAGCAGAAGAUGAGGUUAUGGCAGAAAGUGAAAAGGACCUAAUUGAGGAAAACAGAGAUGACAACACAGGCCAAGAGAAAAGUGAACCAAAGGAUGAAGACACAGUUCUGCAACAGUCUGUGGAAGUUAAAGACCAGAUAGAGAUGGAGGAAGAUUCUGUGAGAGAGGUCCUUACCACUGAAGAGGUCUUAUGUGACCAGCCCAAACAAAAUGAAGUCCCUGAACCAAACCAAACAAUGACAAACAAGGAUACACUAAUUGAAAAAGCAAGUAAACAUACAUUAGGCCCUGAUGAGGCAGAACAGGUCUUCAACAAGAGAACAUCAGGUUUAACUCCUUCAAGGAAGUCCAAAAGACUCAGUCAUCAGCCUGCUGAAAAAGAUCUUGCAACUACAAAGUCUGUGAAAACAGGCCAACAGAGAUCCAAACAUCACAGCAAAGUAAUGAUGCAAUAUGAAGAUAUUGAACAAUCAACAGAUGAACCUGAACAUGACGUUUCUGAGGUUAUGGAAAAGAUACAAGAAGCUCAGAUUGAAAAUAAGGCAGAGGCAGAGUCUGAGGUUGAGGAAUACAAAGAAAAAGACAUGCUUACAGUGGAAACUGUAUCUACUAUGGACGUUGAAAUUACGCAGGUUGAGGAAACUGUAUUUCCUGAAGUUUCUGAAUUAGUGGAAAGAAAAGAAACAGAUCAAGAAGAAGCACCACUACAGUCGUCUGUAGAGCCUCCUGAGAUACAGGAAUCAAAAACAACACCUGAAGAGGAUGAGGAGACAGUGGAGAACAGCACUGUGAUGUUGACAUUGAGUGAAGCCAAAGUUGUGCUUGUAGAUCUGCAUGAAUGUUCUCCUAAGGAGGCAGGUGAUAAUCAUGGAGAAAUCGGUAUUCCUGAACAAGAGGAAAUGAAACUCACUAUGUCAUCUGAGCUACAAGCAACUGAAGAAAAUAUGAGAAAAGAAGAACAAGAUGCGACAUUACACACCAAACCCAUGGAAGAACCAGCCUGUACUACUACAACAGAAGGAUAUGUUGUAGCAGCUGAUGCCAACAGAACUCCAGAACAAUCAACUGCAUACAAAGAUCAAGAGUAUGCGUCAGAAUCAGAAACCACAGAGGCUGUUCUUCUAAGCCAAGUUGAGGAACCAGAGAAAACAGACACUGAACAAGAUAAAGAGGAUAAGCAAGAUUUGUAUGAGGCAGACAAGUUUCCCAAACAAGGCAAACAAAUUCAAAAGAAAGGCUCUACCGAUAUCCCAAGUAGAUCCACAAGACUUAAAGAUCAGCCUGUUGACCCUGGGGUGACAGUUAGAUGUCUUAGGAGCACUUUGAAACCAGUCAAGAUCACCCCUGUUAGGAGAUCUACACAUAGCAAAGCAGUGAUUCAACAGGUGGAACGUGUUGAGCCUCAAGUUGAUGCAAAACUCAGGACUGAUGAAAACCCUGAGAGGGAUGAACUUAUUGUGGAAGAUGUAAGUCCAGAGGAGAAUGAAAUGGCAAACACAAAUGCUGAUGAAACUGCAAGUGUUGAAUGUGGAAGUUCUGAACUCCUUAGAGCUGCAGAAAUAGAUUAUAAAGAGAAAGAACCUCAGAUUACAAAGGUUACUGAGGAAAUCCCACUUAUAGAAACAGAAGCUAAGGAGGAUGUAUUAGAAAGCAGAGUUGAAGACAUCAAAAAUAUUGAGAACAAGGAAGCAAAUUUAGCUGGACGAUUGUACAGUGACAUAGAGAUGAGCAGUCUUGCUCAGGAGGUACAUGUCCAGGAAGAAGAGGUGCCAAUCAGCACAGAAAGACAUCUCAGACGUAGAACAAUAAGAGUUCAGACUCCACUGACAAGGAAAUCUAGAUGUGUACAGAAACAAAAAGCUGAAGCAGAUGCUGAACAUCAGGAAAGACACACUGUGGUGAGCAUGAAUAAAACUGAUACAAUCUUGAUGACAAAAGAGAGAGAGGAUGAAAUGGGUCAAGAUGUCAACAAGAUGGAGAACAAAGAAGAACAUUUCGCUGAGUUGGAGCCAGUGGAAGAACCAAACAUGAGUAGAAAUGGAUAUGAAAAAACAUCAGCAAUAACAGAAGAGACUGUGGAUGGCUGUAUACCAAUUAUUACAACUGAGGCCAGUUUGGAAAGUCUUGAUGAAAUAGUAAACACAAAUACUGAGGAAACUGCAGUCCCAGAGAGUUCCGGACUACCUUUGAGUGUAGAAAUAGAUGAUCAGGAGAAAAAAAUUCAGAUUGUUGAUGGUCCUGAAGAAAAGGUCUCAUUUGUAGAACCUGGUAAGGAGGUAGAGAAUGAUGAUGGUACUCCAGCAAUAAAAUUACAAAAAGCCACAGUAGUACUUGUGGAUUUGAGCAAACUUUCCCAAAAUACAGAAGGAGAGGGUGAGGCUUCAGGGAGGGUGACACAUUUCCAAACGGAGGAAAAACUGGACCUGUAUGAACCAGAUACAAGUGAACAAGAACUGUCUAAUCUGGCAUUAGAAGAGGAGGAACAACAAGAAGAAGUACAAACACAGGAAGACACUGAAAAGACCCCUGAGGAAGAGAAAAUGGAGGAGGAAAACACAGUUGAAGAGCAGAACAAACUCGAUAAACAAGUCAUGACAUUUGAAGAGCAAAAGCCAACUGAAGAUUUGGCCACAAUGCCAGCUGAGGGCAGCCCGGUGGAAAGCAAUAAAAUUGAAAAUAAACAGAAUGAGGAUGAAGGGGUGAGCGGUCUUGCCCAGGAGAAUGCUGUUCAAGAAAACUUAGAAGAGGAGGCACCAGUCAGCACACAGCGAAGUCUUAGACGGAGAACAAAAAGAGUUCAGUCUCCACCAAGAAGAAAAUCUAGACGUAUACAAAAACAAGGGGCUGACGUUUCUGAAGAUAAAACUGAAAUAGUCCUAAUAACAGAAAAGGAAGCUGAUGAGGUGGACCAAGGUGUAGAAAUAGUUGAUCAAGAGAAAGCGCCUCAAACAUCAAUUGUAGAUGCUACUGAGACGGUGAUCCCACUCGUAGAAGCAGAACCUGAAGAUAAUGUCGUAGAACAAGGAGUUGAAGAAAUCAACAAGUUGGAGAACAAAGAAGCAAAUUUAGCUGUGACACGAGACACAGGUGAGGAGACAUCUGAGGUGGGAGAAGAAGCCACUUUAGAGCAACAGCAAAAUGAGCCAUUGGUUAAAAAUGAUAAAGAAACAGCUGAGACAUCCAUGGAGUUUGCCCCAGUGGUUGGCAAAGAGCAAACAUACAUUGUAGGGGGGACCCCCAUCCAAAUAGAGAAGGAGGUCUCACGUGUCUCACUUGUAGAAGCAGAACCUGAUGAGGAGGUAGAAAAAGAUGAUGGUACUCCAGUAAUACAACUGCAGAAAGCCACAGUAGUACUUGUAGAUUUAAACAAACUUUCCCAAAAUACAGAAGGAGAGAGUGACACUCCAGAAGUCCUGACACAUUCCCAGACAGAGGAAAAACUGGAACAGGAUAAACCACAUAAUAGUGAAUAUCAACUAUGUAAUCUGACAUCAGAAGAGGAAGAACAGCUAGAACAACUACAAAAAGAGGAAGAUACUGAAAAGACCCCUGAGAAAGACAAAAUGGAGGAUGAUAACACAGUUGAAGAACAGAAUGAACCCAAUAAACAAGACAUGACAUUUGAGGAGCAAAAACCAACAGAAGAUUUGGAAGAACAAAAUGACUUAAAAGUAACAGAGAUCGUAGAAGUUUAUAGUGCUGUAGAUGAGGAUGUAGAAGAAGCAGUACAUUCUGGACAGCAUCCUGAAAAAACAACAACAAUGGCAGAUGAAACAAAUAUAAUUCAUGAGGCAGUAAAAGAUCAAAAUAUUACUUUAAAAGAAAAGCCAACAGACAGUGACAUAGAAAUUAGUGUUCUUGCUCAGGAGGCACCAGAAACUGACCAGGAAGUCUUAGAAGAGGAGGCAUCAGUCAGCACAGAGAGAAGUCUCAGGCGUAGAACAAUACAAAUUCAGUCUCCACCAAGAAGAAAAUCGAGACGUAUACAAAAACAAGGGGCUGAAGCUUUUGAAGAUAAAACUAGAAACAUCCCAAUAAGAGGAAAGGUAGUUGAUGAAAUGCAGGAAACACUUAAGAAAUCAACUGUAGAGGCUACUGAGGUCAUCCCAUUUGUAGAAGCAGAACCUGAAGAUAAUAUAGCAGAAAAAGGAGUUGAAGAAAUCAACAAGAUGGAGAACAAGGAAACAAAUUUAGCUGUGACAAGAGACACAGAUAAGGAGACAUCUGAGGUGGGAGAAGAAGUCAAUUUAGAGCAACAACAAAAUGAGCCAUUGGUUAAAAAUGACAAAGAAACAACGGAGACAGAAAAAUCCAUGGAGAUUGGCCCAGUAGUUGGCAAAGAGCAAAUAUUCAUUGUAGGGGGGACCACCAUCCAAAUAGAGAAGGAGGUCUCACGGGUCUCACUUGCAGAAGCAGAACUUGAUGAGGAGGUAGAAAAAGAUGAUGGUACUCCAGUAAUACAACUGCAGAUUGACCCUGUGGUUAGCAAGGAGCAUACAUACGUUGUAGGGGGCACCACCAUUCAAAUAGAGGAGAAAUUCUCACAGGGGGAAAGCACAGAAACCGAUCAAAGUGACAAUGAAAGGAUCACAAGGAGAAGUCUCAGGAUCAGUGCGAAAUCAGUCACAGCUACACAGAAGACAAGAACAUCUACACGUCUCCACAAAGUAGAGUUGGACCCAGUGAAAGAGACAAAUAUGAGUAGAAAUGAACAUGAAGAAACCUCAGCAACAACGGAAGAGACUGUGAAUGUGUGUGUGCCAAUAAUUACAGUAGAGAGCAACUUGGAAAGUCUUGAUGAAAUAGCAAAUACAAAUGUUGAAGAAACUACAGCUGUUGAACCUGAGACUUCUGAACUGCUGAUGGGUGAAGAAAUAAAUGAUAAAGAGGAGCCCUCUCAGAUUGUAGAAGAGGUCCCACCUAAAGAAACAGAACCUGAUGAGGAGGUAGAGAAAGAUGAUGGUACUCCAGUAAUACUACAAACAGACACACUAUUACUUGUAGAUUUAAACAAACUUUCUCAAAAUACAGAACAACAGACUGACACUCCAGAAGUCCUGACUCCUUUUCACACAGAGGAACAACUGGAAAUGUAUGAACCAGAUAAAAGUGAAUAUCAACUAUGUAACCUGAUAUCAGAAGAGGACAAACAAGACAUGACAGUUGAGGGGCAAAAACCAACAGACGAUUUGUUAGGACAGAUUGUAGAGGAAUAUAAGAUGGUCAUAGGUGAAGAUGUGGAAGAAAGUGUAACAUCUGGAGAACAUCCAAAAGCAACAACAAUCGAAGACAAAACAAAUAUAAUUCAGGAGACAGAAAAUAAUCAAGAUAUUUCUUUAAAAGAGAAACAAAUGGAUAGUGAUCUAGAGAUGAGAAGUCUUGCUCAGGAGGCACCAGAAACUGUUCAGGAAGUCUUAGAAGAGGAGGCAUCAGUCAACACAGAGAGAAGUCUCAGGCGUAGAACAGUAAAAAUUCAGUCUUCACCAAUAAAGAAAUCUAGACGAGCACAAAGACAAGAGGCUGAAGUUUUUGAAGAUAAAACUGUAACAGUCCAACUAACAGGAAAAGGAGAUGAAGAAGUGCAUAAAGAAGGAACAGAAAUAGAUCAAGAGGAAACACUUCAAAAAACAACUGUAGAAGCUACUGAGAACAUUGUCUCACUUAUAGAAGGAGAACCUGAUGAGAAUGUAAUAGAAAAAGGAUUUGAAGAAAUUAACAACAUGGAGAACAAGGAAACAAAUUUAGGGAAUGAGGCAACCCGUGAGAUGGAAAGAGACAAAGUCAAUUUAGAGCAACAGGAAAAUGAGCUAUCUGUUGAAAAUGAGAAAGAAACAGCUGAAACAGAAAAACCCAUGGGGAUGGAUGAAGUUUCGGUGGUUAACAAGGAGAAAACAUACAUUUUAGAGGAGACACCCAUUCAAACAGAGGAAGAGAUCUUGCAGGUGGAAAGCUCUGAAACUAAUGAAAAUAAAAGUGAAAGGACCACAAGGAGAAGUUUAAGGAUCAGUUCACAAUCCGUCACAUCUACACAGAAGACCAGAAAAUCUGCACGUCUCAACAAAGCAGAGUUGGAACCAGUAAAAGAAGCAAAGAUGAGUAGAAAUGAAGAAACUUCUUCAAUGACAGCAAAGACGGUAAAUGUCUGUGUACCAGUCACCAUUGAGACCAAUGUGGAAAAUCUUGAUGAAGAUAGAGAUGUGAGUAAAAGGGAGGAAACUACUUCAGAUGAGCAAGACAUAGGCAUAUCAAAUGAUAAGGGAAGGGUGGAUGAAGCUUUGCCUGAAAUAUCUACAGAUGUUGAAGAAGAGGAGACUAUGACCUUAAUUAAAAUAACUGAAAAUGAAAUUCUGCUGGAAAUGGAUAAAACGCAAAAAGAUGUAGAGGGGGGAGUUCAGGAAGAAGAAAAAGCAGAGCCUUCACUGGAAAACACAGAGCAGGAACAAGAAGAAGUAGUGUCACUGGGUGAAAAUGUGGGGGAAACCGAUCUGACAAAUGAAUUUAAGACAACAGCUGUGGAGGAGAAGGUUGUUUUAGAAAACUCAGAGCAAGAAGCAGCUUUCAUUACAAGAAGUCUCAGAUACCGAACAGUAACAGUCCAAUCUACACCAAGAAGUAAAUCAAAACACCUCCACAGACAAGAGCUGGAGUCAGAAAGAGAAACUGAUCAUUUAAAUGUCCCUACAGGGAAGGAGAAUGAGGCAUUACUUGCUGAGGACAGCACUGCUGAAUUCGAAAAUUUGGAGACAAAAGAGGGAGAGGGCGUAAUUGAGACAAAUACAGAUGGAAAGUCAGAAAACUCAGAGACAAAAGAUGAUACUAAGGAGAAAGGAAACGAAAUUCUGUUUGAAAUCAUGGAAAGUAACAGUGGCAGCCAGGUAAACACUGAACAGAACAAAGCUCAAGAAGAAAAUUUUGAGAGAGAAGAUAUGCCGAUGCUUAAUGAACAGGAGGAGGAAGAGGUUUCCAGUGUACAGAAGGAAGCAAAACCACUCCAAGAAAGAGAAAAUGCGGGAGCCGCAGAAGGUGUGCAAGGAAGAUCUGCUGAUUUGGAGGGAAAAGCAGUGGAAAUGAGAUCCCUGAGAAAAAGAAUGACUGUAGAAACAGCUGCUCCAAGGAAAUCUAAACGUCUUCGUAAACAAGAGCAUGAUGACGAUAGUGAGCAAGUCAAGGAGGCAGUUAUGGGACAAACUGACUCAGUAGAAGUGACAUUUACAGAAGACAGUGUAGAACUGAGGUCAGAUGCAACUGCAGCAGUUUUUGAGGGAAGUCUUUUGGGUGAAGAAACACUACAAAAAAUACAGAAAAAUGCACAAGGGACUAAAUCAGAUGGAGAAUGCAAUGUACAUAAAGACACAGAGCCAGGUGCAGGUGAAUCUCAAGAGGAGCAAAAACAGAGCAGAUUAAAUAAAACCCAGACUGAUGAGGAUAAAGAAGAGGUUAUGACAGAUGAAAUAAUAGAGGAAGUGAUAGAGCAACAUGUAGAUCUUGAGUCCAGUACAAAUGAGGGCAUCACUUUAGCGUUGGAGGUAGAGGAAACUUCUGAUCAAGAAGAAAACAAAGCAGAUGAGCAGAGCAUGGUGAUGGAGGCUCCAAAAGAGAUAUCCCCAUCUGCAGAAAAAUAUGAGAAAGGUGAAGAAAAUAUCUCUGAUGACGAUGAGAAAGGUCUUGCCAUUGGAAAGCAUGUUGUUCAGAGUAGCUCAACUACUGCUUCAACCAGACGAAAAUCAAUGAGGCUACAAAUGCACGAAUCCAAAAAGAAGGAUGAUGAAUCAGAUUCUGAAUCAGAAGUAGAACAAAAAGCGAAACAGAGACAUCAGAGGAAAAGAAAAGCCAUUACUGACUCAACAUCAGCACGCAGAUCAAAACACCAUGUUAGGGCAAGAAUUGUUUAGCAGAUUAGUGAUUUGUGGCUCUUGUGUUAGUACAAGCCUCCUAUGUAUUGCUUAAGGGACCAGCCAAUUAUAUACAUAAUGUGAAAUUUUCGAUUACAUUUUCAUAUGCAAAAUAAUGCAAACUAUUUUCAACAACUAUAUUUUGUAUUUUUUCUGAAAUAUUUGGGAUUUUAUAAAAUAGCCGUUUCUUGAAAUUAGGAUUUACUGAAAUAUGCAUGCUCAGUGUAACAUUUAGUUGAUAAAUGUCUAACUAUAUUUUUAGUUUAGACCCUUUUUUCAUUUUUCUUCUAUAUUAUGCAUUGCAAAUACAUUACAGAGGUAGUUUUUAAUGUAUAGCACUAUUUUUAUAUUCAGUUAAAUGAAACAUGCAACAGUCCACUCCACUGCAUUCAGUUUGGUCCUGGAUUGGAUGCUAAAUUGAUCUCAUUUGUUUCUUAUUUUUAGAGUACACAGGUGCUCACACAGCAUAGGUGUUCGUGUGAAACAUUUUUCCAAUGUGCAUUACACUCUUAAAAAUAAAGGUGCUUCACGAUGCCAUAGAAGAACCUUUUUGUCUAAAU